AUGGACACCUUAAUAGAAUAUGAUGAUGAUGAAAAUAACGGCGCAGGGAUAGAUAUCAAUAGUUCGCCAGGUGCAAACAAAAAUCGGGUAUCCAAAAAAGACACGCAAUAUAAAGGAUUCAAUCUUAACUUGAACCUUUCAAUUACCCCAGAAGGCACCCCGAUAAAGAACGUGACAAAUAUAUCAGGUGGUGGUGGUAUUUCCAAAUCAACAUCAGGGUCACCAUCGAAAGAGGAUACUAGUGGUGGGGUUGAUCUAAUACUUCCGUCUAUUGAAAGACUACUGUCCAUGGAAAUAGAUGAUCAAUUAAGGUUAUUGGCACUGACAGAAAUGAAUAUUGUGGACGUCAAAGAUAAUAUUAGAAAGCUACAAUUGAAACUACAACAGCAAGAGCAAGAUGUCAUGAAGUUAAGAAAGAUUAUUCAACGGUCACUAUAUCGUGAACUUAGUACUGCUCAAAAUGCAUUAGUUACAAGACCUGAUCUUAAUAGAGUCAAAGGCACAACUUCAACUUUAACUUCACCAAAAUCUGCCACCACUACAAAUAAUAAUAAAAGUAAGGAACUGCAAUCAUUAAUAUGGGCAAAACUAUCAAAUACCAUAAAUAUGGUUCAACAGUUUGAUGAUAAGCUCCUUUCAGAAUUUGAAAACUCUUUAAAAUUGGAAGCCCAACCUCAAAAGAAGCCCAAUGAUAAUAAAACAUCACCAAUUCAGCAUAAGAAUAACUUCCAAGGAAAUUCACUUCGGUCCCGAUCUCGAACUUAUUCUAGUUCGAAAUCUAAGAAAGCCACUACUACCACCACCAGAUCACCUUUGAAACCAUUUAAUACACAAUCUAAAUCUCCAGUUAAACUAAUACCAGAUAAUUCAGCAAUAGAUACUGAAAACUAUAAACUUUCCGGCUUUGAUGGUGCUGAAGAACUAUUUGAAUCAGUACAAAAUUCCAUUUGGUCAUUUGUUAAAACUAAUGUACUCUCUGGAUACGAAGAAAAUCUGUUAGCACUGGUGCUUUCAAGACUUCAAAAUGAUGAUGAUAUAAAAAAGCCUAAAAGGGAUCUACAACUGAUAGAAGGAACACCAAAUAGUGUCAAACUGGAUACUCUGACCAAGAGUAUAGACAAUUUGCUUGAUAUUACUGGAGAUAAUGGGGAACUAGAAGAUGAAGUUACUACAGUCGAUUUCUCCAUGUAUUCUAAUAUGCGACGUUAG